AUGUUAGAGUUUAGAUCCACUAGAAAUAGCUUCUUUUCAAGUGAAGAUGAAGACAAGAAUAACGUCUCAUCACAUAUUCAAGAUGUACCAGAUGAUGAGUCGAUCGAGGUGAAGAGACGUAAGAGGAGGUUUCCAACUCUUGGAAAAGGAAUAAUGAUGGAUAUAUACGAUAGGCUGCCUUACUAUUGGGAUGAUUGGAAAGACGGAUGGGACUACCGUGUUAUUCCAUCCACAUUGGAGACAUAUUUUAAUAAUUUAUUGCCAGCUAUUGCAUUUGCACAAGAUAUGUUCGAUAGAACUGAUAAUUCAUAUGGGGUUAACGAAGUGUUGCUAUCCAGUGCUAUGGCUGGUAUCGUCUUUGGGAUCCUGUCUGGCCAACCGUUAUGCAUUGUUGGUGUCACUGGACCUAUUUCGAUUUUUAAUUACACAGUGUAUGAGAUCAUAAAAUCACAGGAUAUAAACUUUUUUGGGUUCAUGUUCUGGAUAUGUAUUUGGAGUAUGAUUCUGCAUUUCAUAAGUGCUAUAACGAACUUAGUGAGCUUAUUACAGUAUGUCACAACAUUUCCAUGUGAUAUUUUUGGUCUGUUCAUCAAUGUGGUUUAUAUCCAGAAAGGUAUUCAGAUAUUAACAAGGCAGUUUACUAAUAAACAUGGCACACCUGACAUUUCAGCAGGAUUUUCAAGUAUUACAGUUGCAUUGUGCAUGACAAUUUUUGGCACAGGCUUUAAAUCGUUUACUAAGACGAAGCUAUUGACCCCAACACUAAGAACUGUAAUAUCUGAUUACUCAACAUUUUUGUCAGUAUUAUUCUGGUCUGGAUUCAUUCAUUUCGGCGGGGCUCUAAAUGAUAUCGAUUUCCAGAGCUUGCCCAUCACGAAAUCAUUCCGUCCAACAUCUGAUAUUGGAAGAGAUCGUUCAACUUGGUUAGCAUACGAGUGGAUUCCUGUCAAGGACGUGUUUCUUGCUUUGCCAUUUGGGAUCAUCUUAACGUUAUUAUUUUACUUUGAUCACAAUGUUUCGUCACUUAUGGCACAAAGAAGUGAAUACAAGCAAGUGAAACCGUCUGCUUUUCAUUACGAUUUUUUCCUAUUGGGAAUAACAACCGGUAUAAGUGGUGUCCUUGGGAUUCCAGCUCCAAAUGGACUAAUUCCUCAAGCUCCGCUGCAUUCUGAGAGUUUAUUGGUGAUGGACAAGAACAUGGAGGUUGUUAGAUGUGUCGAGCAACGUGUCACCAACACGGUUCAGGGACUCAUGAUUCUAGCGACAAUGGCUCGACCAUUCCUGGUCUGUCUAGGUCAAAUUCCACAAGCAGUGCUAUCUGGCUUAUUUUUCAUGAUGGGGAUUCAAGGUCUCCUAAGCAAUGCAAUCAUCGACAAGAUUUCAUGGCUCUUCACAGAAGAAAGGUUAAAAGACCACAACUCCCCAAUGAUCAACGUCUCCAAGAAAUCGAUAAUAAUAUACCUAUGUUUCGCUCUUGCGGGCUUUACAGGAGAAUUUGCUAUCACCAACACGAUUGCAGCAAUCGGGUUCCCGUUAGUGUUGCUGGCCACCGUGGCAGGCUGCUUCAUCUUCCCCAAAGUGAUCCCCGAGGAGGACCUAGCCACACUGGAUGGGGCUGUCGCUGAGGACUUCAUCAUAAAGAACUUGAAACUCGAAAACAUGCUGAAACCGUUAGAAUGGAAAGGGAAACGGAAAGGAUCGCAAUCCGACGAGUAA